GCGAGGUUUAUGCUGUUUUCCAACAACAUCAUGAGCAUGAGGAACUAAAAGCUUGCUCGCUCUGUUUCCUCCCAGAAUCUUCUGGCUAUGGAGGUGGGAAGUGGAGGGCGUCUGGUGGAGGUGUCCACGCUUUCGACGCGUCGCGCCUCGACCCUCCUCCGUUCACCUUCUCCCAUUCACUUCCUCCGUCUCACCGACAUGCCCCUCCUCAGCAUCUUCGUGCUCUCAUCAAACACGGGCGGAGAGCGUCGCCUCCACUCGGAGCUCACAGUCGCACAGCUCAAGGAUAAGCUACUUCCUGUCACUGGCAUUGCUCCGCAGUAUCAGGUGCUCUCUUUGCACCGCUCAAUCGAUGCUGCCGAGUCGGGAAGUGCACCUAUAGCGAGCCUCUCUAAUGAGGGUGCGACGCUGGAGAGCUACGGCGUGCAGGACAUGUACUGCAUCAAGGUUGACAACACCGACCCAACAGCCCGCCCGGGCGAGUUUACCGAUGUCUCUGCCGUCGAUAAGUUCGAGCUUACGGACGCUGAGUACGCCGCAAGGCGCGACACGGUACAGGCGCACCUCAAGGCGAACAAGCUGGGCAAGUACGCCGAUGUGCCGACGCCAAUCGCAUUCUCGCCGCCCACUGCCAUCCCCAGCGAUCUGGUGGUUGGCGCACGUUGUGAGGUGCAAGGUGACAUUGAGCGGCGGGGAACCGUGCGUUUCGUGGGCGAGACAAGCUUUGGCAAGGGUGGCGUGUGGGUCGGCGUUGAGCUCGACGAGCCUAUGGGCAAGGGAGAUGGAAGUGUCGACGGAAAUCGCUACUUCCAGUGCAUGCCCAAGCACGCAACGUUUGUGCGUCCGGACAAGGUCAAGGUCGGCGACUACCCAGAGGAAGACCUGAUGGCCGAUGAUGACGAGAUCUAAUAUGCAUGAGACCGCGACUAAUGUGUACAACUCUUGCUGAAGGCGGCAUGUCGGGCGCAAUAUCGCUGAGGCCUCGCUCACGCGCUCAGUUAACCAGUUCUCUCCGCGAUCUCGUAGAUGCCUCCGUCAAUUGUCUGGGCAACCUUGCUGUCACAGACGCCCACAGGGUACCCGGCGAGAUAAGUGCGGCACAAGGGCGGCGAAGAGGGUGGGCUUGGCCAUGGAUGAACGUGUGGGCAUAGCUGUGUGGAGCUCGGGAGUGGAGAGCGGUGAAGGGCACGGCAGUGGCACACAAGGAGGUUCGAGUCCAGCGCGUAUGGCAUUUCUUGGACAUGCAUCUGCC